UUCUACUGACACCUUGAUCGCGCGGUUGCGAAAUAUGAACAAGUUGUUCGUGCAGGGCUGCUCACGUGUAAAGUACUUUAGGGUUUUGAGAACUUUUCCAGCCAUGGCUUCACCAAAAUCCACCAAACUAACAGCUGAAGAGAAAGAAACAGAACUUCAGCCCCUGAAAGAAUCAGGCUGGACAGAAGUUGAGGGACGUGAUGCUAUUUACAAGGAGUUCAAAUUCAAGAAUUUCAACCAGGCUUUUGGUUUUAUGACUCGUGUGGCUCUCAUGUCUGAAAAAAUGGAUCAUCAUCCGGAAUGGUUUAAUGUGUACAGCCGAGUCCAGAUAACCUUGUCAACCCAUGACUGUGGGGGGCUGUCUGCAAAAGAUGUCAAGCUGGCAAAAUUUAUGGAGAGAGCUGCAGGGUCUAUGGGACAGUAAUGGAUAGUGGAAAAUCAAAUUUGUCAUCAAGUAAUGAACUUAUUUAGUUGAAAAAGAAGGUGUAACCAUUUUAUUAACUCAAAUACAAUUUCCCUUUCAGAGUAAGAAGCAGAUUUGAACUAGUGUUGAACUUUAAAAAUAUGUUGUGACUAUGACAACUAGGACUACGAAAUCAAGAGCACAGAUGAUGAAUGAAGAGUUUAUACAAAGUCUCUUGAAAGUGUUGAGUCUUAAAAUCUUAUUUCCUAUUUCAAACUGAGAUCUGGAGGAAGUAUGCUAGUGUUUAUUCUUGCCAUGUGGCUUAUGUACUGGAACAUUAAAGACAGAGGUGAAUAGAAGAAAUGCAGCCUGGAAGAGGUGUGAGGAAGCCAUGAUAAGAAUGAAAACAAUUUAUUUUUGAAACAAAA